AUGAGCUCGACGUCACGGGCGAGCUCCCGCCUCAAGCUGAUCUCCAAGCAUAUAGAUUCGUCGAAGCCCUUCCUGGAACUAAACACUCCCUUUUCGACUGAACGUACUGGACAUCUUGAGGACGAACACGGCAAUCGUAUAAAACGAGAGAAGCUCAAGGAAGCCAAGAAAAGCAUCCAGGAAAUCAAAAAGACUACGCCGGAACAACCAAAGAACAUGUCGAAGCAAGCAGCACACCCCGCGCUGCUCAUCCCUGGGCCCAUUGAAUUCGACGAUGCGGUCCUGACGUCUAUGAGCCACUACAGUGAAUCACACGUAGGCGCGCCCUUCGUAAACACCUUUAGCGAAGUUCUUCAAAACCUACGCAAGCUCUUCCAAACUACCGACCCCGCCUCACAGCCUUUUGUCAUCUCUGGCUCAGGCACACUCGGAUGGGAUCAAGUCGCCGCCAACCUCGUCGAGCCCGGUGACGAAGUGCUCGUCCUCCACACUGGCUACUUCGCCGACUCAUUCGCCGACUGCUUCGAGACUUAUGGCGUCAAGGCUACUCAGCUCAAGGCGCCGAUUGGCGACCGGCCGCAGCUCGACGAAGUGGAGAAAGCGCUGAAGGAGAAGUCGUAUAAGAUUCUGACGGUCACACAUGUGGAUACGUCGACCGGAGUCUUGAGCGAGAUCAAGGCGCUGAGUGAGCUUGUUCACAGGGUUAGCCCUGAGACAUUAGUUGUUGUGGACGGUGUCUGCAGUGUUGGCUCAGAGGAGAUCCGAUUUGACGACUGGAAGCUCGACGUCGUUCUCACGGCUUCGCAGAAGGGUAUUGGCUGCCCUGCCGGGUUGAGUAUCAUAAUGGCCUCCGGCCGUGCGAUUGAGAGGUUCAAGGCCAGGAAGACACGGCCAACCUCUUACUUUGGUUCGUGGAAGAACUGGUUGCCUAUCAUGCAAAACUACGAAGCAAAGAAACCCUCGUACUUUGCAACACCCUCUCCGCAGCUAAUCCACGCGCUCGACACUGCCCUUAAGCAGAUACUCUCGCGACCAAUUGACGACUACUUUGCAGCCCAUAAGGCUGCAUCACAAAAGGUCAAGAAAGCUGUCGCAGACCUUGGCCUCAAGCAGCUAGCUUCCAAGCCCGAGAACCAGGCUACUGGUAUGACAGCCAUUUACCUACCCGAGGGCAUCACGCCUCCAGAUGUCCUACCCAGUAUGUUGAAGAAGGGCGUCAUUUUCGCCGGUGGUCUACACAAGGAGAUCGCGACAAAAUACAUUCGAUUUGGCCAUAUGGGUGUCAGCGUAACAGAUACAAGCAGGCCAGAUAUCACAAAAGCUAUUGACAGCCUGAAGGAGUCGUUGACUGAGGCUGGAUACAAGGCAUAA